CCAACUUUGAGUUUACUUAUAAGUCAUUCUAUUGCGAUUUUUAUUUCCGUCAAGUUUAUAAAUAAAAUGUUUAGUCAUAAUGUGCAUAAAAAUACCGGAAAGAAAAUGAUCUGACAAUUUUAAUCGAACAGUUGUUAAAUAAUUAAUCUACUUUUUUUCUCGUUAAAUAAAAUUAAAUAGAUUUUGUAAUUUAAAGAGAAAAGUCAGUGAAAUGAGACUAAAGGAAACGUGUCUGUGUGUGAGUAUUGAAGGAUAAAACAUGAUAUUGUUGGUUUGCUGUGAUUCGCUUUGCACUACGCGCCGCCUACGACCGUUGAUACUUUUUUCUACAUUGGCACAUUAUAAGUUAUCGCAGGUGUUGAGUAUAUGAUUUCCUCUUUUUAUAAAAAAAUGAAAAAAAUUCUGACGCGUGUGUUUUAAGUUUAAUCAGUCAAUAAUUGCAUAUUAAAAAUGUUUCUUUAAAAAAAAAUGCGAAAUUCCAGGAAAAUUUCAUCAAGUUUAUCAAUAACAGUUGCAAAUUUUUAAAGUGCUUCAAAAAUAAAAAAAAAGAAACAAGAAAGAAGAAAUGUUUUGCUUAAUUUCUAAUUAGAAAAGGAGUAUUUUUUUUAUGAAUUUCGAUCUCUCUGGAAUAAGAGAAGAAGAUUUGAAAAAAUGGAUGAAGCUGGAGAACGAGUUCCUCUUGUCGAUGGCAAAGUUACAAUUGCAACCAGAUAUGCUUAUGCUUUGGGACAUAUUUUCAAUGAUUUAGCAGCUGCCAUGUGGUUUUCUUACACAUUAUUGUUUUUACAAAGAAUUUCUCUUAUUCAACCUGUGGUCGCUGGUUCAUUACUAUUAUUAGGACAAGUAAUUGAUGCUUUAAUGACACCAGUUUUUGGUUAUCUCGUUGACAAUUAUGCGAAGAAAAAAAUUUGGCACGUAGUUGGAUCGGUGAUGGUGACACUUUCAUUUCCCGUAAUUUUUGGUAGUUUCGUGACAGUGGAAUAUCCAAAAACAAUGAUGACAGUCUAUGUGAUUAGUAUAACGAUUUUUCAAACUGGCUGGGCUGCUGUACAAAUUUCACACUUGUCGAUGAUUCCCGCAUUAACAAUUUCUCCCAUUGUACGAGCAGAUUUAACAGCAAUUCGAUAUUCUGCACAAGUCGGUGCUGCUGUGAUAGUAUUCUUAGUCACAUGGAUAGUUUUGCCGACUAGUGAAGACUCUGCUGUGAGAUUAGGAACUCAAGAUGAUUACAAAUUUAGAAAUAUUGUGCUGAUAUUGACGGUACUUGGAAUAAGUGCGACAAUUUUAUUUCAUAUUUUUCUCAAGGCCCAUUUAUUGGAGGAUGCAAAUUCAUCGAAAUCGAAUGUCGAAAAUGUCUCGAGAUUUCAUGCGAGCCGAAGAAUGGCGGGAACGAGUAUUUUGCUGAGAGUUGCUCUUCUUUAUGUUGCUAGUCGAUUAUUUCUCACAUUAGCAACUGUCUAUUUGCCUCUUUAUAUUGAAGAAACGUACGAAGGUGGAAAAGCUGCAUUAGCCACUGUGCCUUUGGUUUCAUAUUUAGCAUCUUUUGUGUCGUCGAUAUUUUUGAAAUACAUCAAUCGCUCCUGCGGCUCCAAGGCUUGCUAUUUGAUGGGAGCAAUUACAGGAACUUUGGCGGCAAUUGUAACUGAAUUUGCAGGCGGAAGUACUGCAGUUAUAUAUUCAGUUGCAAUUUUAAUUGGAGCCGGAAGUUCAAUAACAAUGGUUACAGCUUUAAGUGUAACAGCCGAACUUAUUGGUUCGAGAACCGAUAGAAGUGCCUUUGUUUACUCCGUGGUUACUUUUCUCGAUAAAGUCGUUACCGGUCUUGUUGUUAUUUUCAUCGAACAAUGGAGAUGCCAGGAAAAAGAACUCUGUCCGAAUUAUAAUCGAGACACUUUGUCGAUAGUUUGUGCCUCGUCGAUGCUUUUGGGAAUGAUGACCCUGGCGACUCUGACUCGUUGUUAUUCAUAGAAAAAUAAAUAGUUAACCUAUAAAAUUAAUACUCUCUUAAAGAAAAAAAAUUCCCUGUAAUUAUAUUAUAUUUUACUUUUCAAUGCAAUUAUUAUUAUGUAAAUAUUUUGUAAACUGUAAAAUUAAUACUAAAAAGUCUGAUAUAUUUUAAUCAGAAGACUGUAUAAAAAAGGAAAAAAAGACAAAAUGUUUUAUAACGAUUAUAAUAGAUUUUUGUGCAAUUUUUACAUA